AUGGAUAAUUCAAGCAGCCUUGAAGCAGCUGAGGAAUUUCGACGUGAAGGCAACCAGCAUUUUGGAGCAAAACGAUAUUUUAAUGCGAUUAGAAGUUAUACAAAAUCAUUGGAGAAUUUCGUUACUCUAAAUGCACUGUCGAAUCGUGCGCAGGCAUACAUCAAUGUGAAACAAUAUGAAUUGGCACUGAUAGAUGCAAAUAAAGCUUUAGAAUUGGAUCCAAAUUCUGUCAAAGCUUUAUUUAGGCGUGCUCGAGCCCUUGCAAAUAUUGGAUUAUUUGAUGUGGCCCGUACAGAUAUCAAUAGGCUUCUUGUUUUGGACCCGAAGAAUGUGGACGCAAAAAAAUUAAAAGAUCAGAUUGACGGGAAGAAAAACAUUGACGUGAUUAGGAUACGAAGUGGCAAUAAGUGUGAGUCAACUCGAUCAAAAAUGCCUUUGAAAAAAAUUGAAGACAUAAAAAUUGUACGCGCGACCAGCAGUAAUGGCUCAAUUAACGAAUUUGACAAUACGUUAACUAAGAAUUCAGCGAAGUCAUUCUUACCAGAGCCAGCCACCAAUUCAUUCAAAUUUGUUAUGGAUUUCCGUUUACUCAAGGAAAAUCCUGGGAAUUUCGCCAAAUAUUUUCUUUCUAUUGAUCUGAAUGAUUACAAUAAAGUAAUAGGCGAAAUCAUUGAAACAGACAUGAUCUCAACAUUAAUCAAAGGCCUCAAGGAAGUUAUUGAUUCUCAUAGUUCUGACCAGAUCAUAAACUGUUUGAUGGCACUUGCAUCAGUAUCACGUUUCGAAAUUGCAGCUGUUUUUCUCGAUACCCGGGAUAAAGAAGAAUUACGACAAUUAUUGCCUCUCGAUGGUAAGAAUCAAGAGCAAGUUCGACUUGUUUAUAAAAUGUAUGAUCUAUAG